UUUACAUUUUGUCAUUUUUUGCUUUCGUUUUUUUAUGAUUUUUGUAAUUUUUUUUUUUGGAACAAACGCAUUCGUUAUUUACUUUUAAUCUAUAAACAACUCUUGUUGAUCGUUCAACGGCAAUUGGUUUGCGUUACAAGCACACACACACAUAAGCCCACACAGUCACAGGCACAACCAGACACGCGCCUACACAGGAAGGCACACACAGAAAUGCCUGCACAAUAGACAAUUCACAAACCAAAAAGAGGAGCAUAAAUGAAAAAACGAAAAAGCGAAAACAAAACAAAAACAAAUAAAAAUUUGUAAAAUUCUGCUGAAAAUAAAUAAAAGUUGUGAUAUCGCUCACAGCAGCGGAUGGAAGUGUGACGCGUUCAACAGAAUUUGAAGCUUAAUGCCCGCAUAUGUUUGUACAUGUAUAUGUGAGUAUGCGUGUGUUUGUGCAAUUAUGUAAAUCUGUCGGAUUUCUGCGUCGCCGUUCCAAUUAAGCUGGACGGACGCGCCUGCAGCUGCGUUUAGACGCAUUUGAGCCGUGGCUAAGCAUUGACUGUGACAAUUAAAGUUGCCUGAUCGAACGGUAAAAAACGAGGCGAAAAGGAGUAAAAAAAAAGGAAGAAAAAAUAUAUAUCUAUCUAUCGGUAUUUAGUGUAAAUUGCUGUGUCGUUUAGAGGAUUAUAAAUGGCCGCCAUCACCAAAGACUUCAUUGAUAUCAAUCUGUCCACCGAUGAGCUCAUGCUGAAGGAGCUGGAACGACGCGAUGGCAUUUAUUCGUUCAUUUUCCACGAACUAGAAGUACCCAAAGCGGAAACACCAACAGCCAGCAUAUCGCCUGCCAAGUUGAUUGACAGAUCUCAUGGCGCAAUAAGGACGCCAGUAACAAGCGAGUAUGAAGUUAGCGCGGACAACAACAAUGCCAACGACAACAGUAACGCAUCCGAUAAGUUCAAAAUCCGAACCGAAACUGUGCUCAUACAGCGUUCCAAUGUAAUUUGCCAUUCGAAUAGUACGCUAACAGCAACAGCAACAAAAACCAAAACAAUGAUUUACACCACACCUACAACAACAACGCCUAACAACACUCCACCAACAAACAAGAGUCCGAUGGCAACAGCAACCGCUACCUCAUUAAGCGCAACACCAACAAUGCUACCCAGCUUAUUUACAACUAAACCGCUGACAACAACAACAACAACAUGCACAACACCGCUCACUAACGGCAACGUACUGCCGCCGGCCGCUUGCUUUCCAAACCUCAGUGGCAUCAACAUGCGCAGCUAUCACGAACACUUCAAGACCUGGCAUCCGCCGCCAACGCUCGUCUAUGACAAUCCCAAACUCUAUGCGUACAUGGCCAAUUGUGGAUUUCGUGUGCGCCUGGCCACACCGCGUUUCUCGCACAUUACGGCGCCUUUGGUGCGCAAUCGGCGACACGCGCUCAAGGAGACGCCCCAGUACAAGCGGAUGUCGGAGAUGUGUAUGUGUGCGCCAGUAGCCGAUUUGCGUGCGGUCUUUCCGCUCGACCCCGAUGUGCAUGCCCCAUUUGCAACAACAGUAGGUGGUGUGGAGGACAUGACGAUGACCGAUGUUGAACCGGGCAUUAUGGAAUUGACGGAAACCGGUUGUUGCGCUGGUGCGGCUUUAAUGCACGAAGCGCCGCUACUUAAGUGAUCGGUGGUGGAGUUUAAAAUAAUUGAUAUAAAGAAUGAAAAUAUAAAUAAAAUUAAUUUCGAAAUUUUACCGUC